AUGAACUACAUAUCCCACUACGUACCUCCCCCUCCACCCGGAAGUGACGUCAUCCAACUUCCGGUGAGUGGGCUGACCCUGGAGGUAGACCACGCAGAGAAGAGGAACAACUUGCUGGAGUCCAUCCGAGGGGCUGGGGGCUUCCAACAAGCCCGAUUGAAACACGUCCCUGAGGAACACCAACAUGUCCCGGGCAAGGCGAGACCUAUCAUGCCUUCCUCUCAACCAACCGGAAGUGCAUCAAAAAACAAGAUGGCGGCCGGAAGAGGUGACCUAAUGAACGACCUCAACGCUGUCCUCCAUAACCGCAAGUUAGGACGAGGCAUGGGCAAGAAACAGUUUAUAUGUCACGUGCCGUUAAUGGGGCCGGUCAGAGGGCAGGACCAAUCACACGACGCGAAAGAAAGCCAACCGAUGACGUCACAGACUCACGUGACUGCGCAUUCGCACGCGGGUCACCACCAGCCGACCGCGGCAGAUCAUGAAUCGACAGAUUUUUGA